AUGGAACAAUCUGUUUGCAGGUACGCAGAUACACUGCAGAGGAUAAUAAAUAUUCUGGCUUUAGGGCAAUUCGUCAUCAGCACCGGAAUGCUCUGCUUCGCGGGAUUGCAAAUUACCUCGAUCUGCUCGCGAAUCAAGGCGUCGUCGAUGAAAAAAAAUGAUGAUGGAGGACAAAGGUCGCCUGAUGAAAUAUUCGAUCUUCUUCAACUCGGCGAUUCUCGAGCUGUUCAUGUUCAGCUUCAGUGGAAACGGCCUGAUGGAAGAGAUGAUCAGCGAGGCAGUGGGCCAUUCCGCUUAUGGUAGUGGAUGGAUCGGUAGCGGUUUCUCUCAGAUUCUUCAGAUUAUGAUGAUCCAACUGUGGCCAAAUCCUACGCCAUGUCACUGGAGAGUUUCUCAGCGAUGA